UUGUCACAAGAAAAAGCUGUCAAAUUGCCAAUAUGGCUGAAGCAGCAUUAGCACGACGAGAAGCUCGUAGAAGAAAAAUAUUGGAGAAUUCACACAACAGACUGCAAUUAAUUGCUGGAAAAAGUGAUAAUGAAAUAUGUAAAGAAUCUUCUAUUAUCACUCAGAUACCUAGCGAAACCACUGACAAUUCCGUUCCAAAAGAGAGCAGCAGUACCAGCAAGUGUUUGCUUAACAAUGGUGUGAUAAAUGCUGGCGAAGAUUUGUUUGGUUCUCUGCCAAUAAACCAUGAAAGUUUCGCGUUAGGUGAUGGGGAUGUCACAAUACGAAGCCAUGACACGGCAGCUUUGUUACCUCCAAGUUCUACGACAUCCACGCCUGAUCCAGUUCAAGUUGCACCUUCACUCUGGGAGACUAUUACUAAUUUGAAAUACGACAUAGUGUUGUUGUCAAUGUUCAUCCAGCUCUUACAUGGUUUUUCUCUUAUAACAUUUGAGGGAAUGUACUUUUUUCUACCCCUUAUCUCAUAUGUAGCAACAAAAUACUUUUGGUCCCCAAAGCAACACAAUAAUUCAAAUAUUGCUAAUGCACUUUUAUUAUUAAAUGGAAUGUCUGCCAGAAAGGCACAGAACAUUAUGUCCAUUAUACAAUGUGUAAGUACAUUUUCUCAGGAUGUGUGCAUCUUUCUGUUCACAACUAUUUGUAUACAGUCCCUUUUGCUGACUAUAAAAGCCAAUCUUUUGUAGUUUUUGUUGUUUAUAUGCAUAUUAAGGGGCAUUUCGAUGACUGAGCAGUUUCUAUGUUAGCAUGCUAGGGUUAUUGGGAAUGUAUGUUUGAUUGCUUGUGCCUUUAAUACAUAAGUGAGAUGUGACAAGUGUGAGUUUUAGUCACAUAUUGCCAUUCUAGUUUUAAAUUUGUAAGUUUUGUACAUAGUGAAAUAGAUAAUUUUUGUAUCAAAUUCUAUUUGUAUGCAGUCAACAUAAUUCUCUUUAGUAUGGUAAUAAGUGCUGUGAUCUAGUGUUUUCCAUUAAAAAAAAUUAAAGCAAUUCAAUUUCCGCUAUGCAUUUACUUAUUGAUGAAAUUUUUGUCACAACCUAACUUAUAUUUUUAACUGUAUAUAACUUUAUAACUGUAUAGGAUCUUGAUUUUAAAUUUUUACACAUUACAUUGACUUUAUUACUUUAUUGAAUAUAGCAGCUAGAAUUCCGUUUAUACUUUUUUGAGCUAGGUAUCUACUAAGAUUAUGAAUCUAUAUAGGUCCACACUCCCAAACUCCCAUUUAAAAAAAAACAGAAUCCUGCUAAUGGUCAUUCUGCACAGACUGCACUGUCUAAAAAUAAGCACAAUGCAAAAUGGUUCAACUUUUGCAAAAUUAAGCAGGAGUGUGGAAGGGAUACAGGUUCACUCUUACUGGAUAUUCAGCUGCUGUAGGGCUAAUGAUAUACUGCAGUUUAAAAUAACAUGUAUGGAAUGUGUAUAU